AUGCAUCCUUGGGUAGCCAUCCUGGGCUUCCUACUCCUUCUGCCAGAUGGUGUAACGUCUUACCGACAAGUGAUUGGAGUGGUGGGUCAGUCUGUCACGCUACCCUGCUUCUAUGAAGGAAAAGUCACAUCCAUAUGCUGGGGCCGAGGGAAAUGUUCUUGGAUAGACUGCAGAAAUACCGUUAUCAGUACUGAUGGAUACAAAGUCACUGAACAGAAGAAUGAACGUUAUAAGCUCAAGGGAGAUACUGGUAAAAGGGAUGUUUCUUUGACCAUAGAGAGUGCAGUCCUUUCUGACAGUGGCUUGUAUUGUUGCCGUAUUAAAAAAUGGCUUUUCAAUGAUGAAGAAAACAUCAUAAAGUUGACUAUAAAGUCAGCUCCACCUAUGACAACAGUGAGCCCCAGUACCAUUUCUGAAAGCACAAGGACCAGUAUUACCAAUAUUCCAAGGACCACCUACACCACUGCUCCAAAAAGGAACACCGCAAUUCCAGAAAGGAACAGCACUACCACAGUAGUCACGGAUACUCACACGACAACGGGGGCCUCUACCUCUGCUCUUCCAAUGCCAACACCCACAGAGGACCACAAGCCAGCUCCACCUACGACAACAGUGAGCCCCAGUACCAUUUCUGAAAGCACAAGGACCAGUAUUACCAAUAUUCCAAGGACCACCUACACCACUGCUCCAAAAAGGAACACCACUAUUCCAGAAAGGAACAGCACUACCACAGUAGUCACGAAUACUCAUACGACAACGGGGGCCUCUACCUCAGCUCUUCCAAUGCCAACACCCACAGAGGACCACAAGCCAGCUUCUUCAUCUUCUCCCACGCAGACUACAAGGACCCGGUCUACCUGCCCACAUAAAACAAAUGUAACGCACUCACCAUGGCACUCUACCACCUCAGCAGGUGGGAAUAACACUGUGAUAAACUUACCAAGUGCUGUUUGCUGUAGCAUUCAAACUGGAAUCUACAUUGGAAUCUCUGUUAUUGUCUUGAUAUUACUGCUCAUGGUGGUCGUAUUCAUGAUUAGCAAAAGAUCUGUUUGCCUGGGUAACAAAAUGAGGCUACUAUGUAUGAUUCCACUGAAAGAUUCUCACAUUGGAGCUUUGAAAAACGCAGCCAUGAAGCCUGUCCGAGCAGAAGACAACAUCUACGUUAUGGAUGACGUUCUCUAA